AUGACUUGGAAUCGAGCGAACCCCAUCUUUUAUCUUGUGCUUCUGUUCCUCAUAGCGGAAGAUCUCGGAUCACGAUUUUUUGCUGAUGCCAAAGUGAUAGAAUGCAGCUACGCUUGGAAACCUGCACCGGCGGAGGAUAUUAUCAGAGAUUUGUGUAUGGUGGAUAACGGCAGAUACCCCGCGCGCAGAUAUCUUUGCUACCACUGUCACAGGCAAGAUAAGAAACCACCUACCGCUGACAACUGUGUUGAUCCCAACGGACGCGCACUGAGUACCCAGGGAUCAUUCGAUUGCACCGCUGGAGUAGAUAUCAAUCGGGGAUCUAACAAAGCUAGACCUAUCAUUUGCUCUCAUUACGACGAAUCAGGAAAUCCACUUCAAUACCGUUGCGAAAAAAGGCAUGUAUAUCAACAAUGUAGCGAGUGUAGCGAGGUUUAA